GCUAAAAAAUUAGCCACGGUGACAAAUACGGUUGAACGCAAUGAUGAUGGCAGAGAAACGGGCUGAGUUGAACAACAAGUUGUUAGCAGCCAGAAGGCAAGAAGUGAACGAAAAGAAAAGGUUGCAGGCAGAAGGGGAGAAAUUGCAGAAAGCUCUAGAAGCACAAAAGGAAAACCCCUUUGAAACUGAAGUAGAGCUUGCACUCCUCAGGGAGGCCGUCCUCAACACGAGGCAAGAUAGGGACUUAAUGCGUCAGACUUUGCAACGUGUCGAAACACAUCGAGUGGAAUUUGAAACCGUCUGGAACAACUUCUUGGAAAAGUCAGCCAAGGAUGUAGACCAUCAUGUUCAGACAUAUAUCCAGGCUUUGGAUGACCACGUCAGUAAGACAUUCACCCCCGAAGUUAUAGAAAAGAUUGUAAAGGGAGCUAGAGGCGACGGAGGAGAUGGAGAUGGCGAUGACGAUGGUGACAAAAAAGGGAUGAAGAAAAUUGGGGAUCCAAAGGAAAAACUUCCUCAGGAAACCGGGCAGGUUAACAAGAUAAAACUUAAACUGCCAUGGACCUACAAUGGAAAAAAAGAGGAGAGUGUAUUGCACUGGGCGGCGGCCAUUGAAACCUAUGUGUACGGACAGCGUAUCCCAUACUGGGACAGGGUGUUGAUGGCAACUUCGUGCAUGGGAGGCGACGCCAUGAGCUUCGCCAUCUCGCUGCAAAAGGAAGCGGGAUGCAGCUCUAUGGUAGAGUAUUCGCAGCAAACGCGAAUCAGAGAUUUCCUUAAGUUAAUAAGAGAAAGAUUUGAGGACAAAAACUUGGCAAGACGUACAGAAAUGUUGAUCCUCAGCCUUCUUGACAGGAAAUGGAAGAGUACCUCUGCACUAAAGGCAACUAUGGAUGAACUAUUGCAAUGCCCUGAUCACGGAUUGACGUUGGCCCAAAUCUUAAACAGCUUUGCACGAGCACUCCCGGAUCCCCUAAGAACACAACUCUAUCCCCGUACCAAGGAAGAGGGGAUGACAUAUGAGAAGUUCGGCAAGAUCGCCAUAGAUCAUACCGGCUUCCUCGCUGAAGCAAAUUAUUGCCAUUACUGGAAGGAUUUGCAAGCGGGUAAGAGAUGGCAAAACCGCACCAUCUCAGGGUCUAUACCUGGGAAAGACAGUCUCCUUCUAACCUUUGAAGAAGGAGGCGCCGAGACCAUCUCCUGGGAUCAGGUAGACUAUGGUCUCGAUGAACCCAACAUACCGGUAGCUCAGGAGGGGAGUUACGCGGCUGUUGCAUCCCACGGGGGAGGGCGUCAAGGAAGAGGGCGUGGCCGAGGAAGAGGUCGCGGCCGUGGUGGACGAGGAUUCGGCACCCAGAGGGGUGGUGGUGAAGGAAGCCACUACGUGGGAGGAAGGGGAAAUGGUCCCUCAUACGGUGGCCGUGGUUCUUACUCCACCUGGGGUAGAGGAAGAGGCUCAUGGUACAACAAGUGGGAUAAGCCAUACCCACCUCAUCCAGGCCUGCCGGAAGGAGAGCCUUGGAAAGAAUUGGGAAUCACAGAAAAAGGUUGCAAAAUCUUCUCGAAGAUUGAUCUAAAAUCCGGCUACCAUCAGAUUGAGGUUGAGCCGGAAGACCAACAUAAGACUGCCUUCAGGACAAGUUACAGCAGACCGCAACGCAACAACUGCAGCGGAUCUAAUACCUCAAGUUCGGAGCCUCGCGAGACAGCUCCAAAGUUUGACGGGCAGGAGAUCUUCUACGACUGGACCAAGACAGAUCCGGUUCCAUGGUUCCGCAAGUUCGAGCUCACGCUGCAGCUUCACAACGUCAAAGAACACAAGCACCACGCAUACUUGUACCCUCGCUCAGGGGGCGCGUGCCAGGCUUGGUUGCACAACCUCUUGUCCAAGUACGGAGUGAUAGCUAACGACUUGCACACCAAGAUCAAUUGGGAUGAUCUGAAGGCGGCGUGGCACAAGCGGUUCCAAGUCGAGCCGCCCGACAUCAAGAACAUGGACAAGCUCAUGGUCUUUGAGCAAGGCACGCUGCCAAGUACCGACUGGAUAACCGAGUACCAACGCUUGACGCCAGUCCCAGACAUCCAGAUCGGCUUCAAGGCCAUCCGCCAUUACUUCAUCUCAAGGUCCUGUCCGACAUUAAGCAAUGCCCUCACUCACGAAGAGGACACCUUGACAACGACGGUGGAACUUUUUGACAAGGCCGCGCAGAUCAUCAUUACGAACAAGGAGCCGAAGAAUCUGCGUUCGUCUGCGGCAGGCCCGAGCAGGGACCAGCAUCGGCCAAGAGUGGCCGUGGUCGUGGCGGCAACGCCGUUUGACCAAACCAACGAGGUUGUGUCUGCCAGUGAAGGGGACAGACUCGCAGCCGCCCGGGAAGACACCGGUCUGCCCAUUGAAAGGCAAGGGCAAACAGGGAAACUGAGCACCGCCGAGAGUGACUCGACAACACUCUCGACGCCUCCGGAACCGGUUUCUUCGCGAGUAACUGACCUUCAUUCUGAGGCGCACGCGGAAGUCGAUAGUCCUCUUCUACUUUCUUUUGAGGACUAUGCUGCUCGGCUCGUUCCUACGCUGGGUACUCAAGUUCAAGGACAAGAAGUGUGUGCGGUUUCUUCUCCGUCCGGCAACGGCGACAUAUCGUCUUCAAGUGGUUCUUCAUGGGAUUCGGCGCGCGAGUUCAACAUCGAGGUAUUGGACCCGCUCACGUCCGAGGACUUUGCAUGGCUUCCUCUCCCGACCACAGGCCGCUUGUCGGGACCGCAAUGCGCAGCACUAUGCGCUCAUCUCCACACUUACUUAUCCUUCUAUGCACCACAAACUUCGCCGACGGAUGACGAAGUCGCGGUGGGGGACAUCCUUGCGUAUACUACCAAGGUGGCCCGCGAGUUUCACAUGCAGCGGUACGAUGACAACAACGCACCGCUCAUGUAUGUCCCCAAUCAAGUUGGGCAAGCGUCCUGCAGCGUUUUGCUGGAUAGCGGCGCGUCUCGAAAUUUCAUGAGCCAAUCCUUUAUGCAAAGGGCUGGCCUUGGCACACAAGCUCGAAGGAAGGCAAACCCGACGGGGAUCAAGUUGACGGAUGGGAAAACGCAGCAACUUAUUGACCGUUACAUCGAGGCCGUACCGGUCUACUUCACACCUCAUGCAUGCGAACCGGUGACAUUCGAUAUUCUCGACACGGACUUCGACAUCAUUCUGGGAAUGCCUUGGCUUGCAAGUGCGGAUCACACGGUCAACUUCCACCGGCGGACUCUUAGCGUUCGCGACGCCUUCGACGCGGUAGUGACGUGUACUAUUCCCCUACCGCACCCUUCGAUUCGAUGCCAAGUGGUGACGGCCAAAUCAUUCUGGGCGACUUGCGCUUACGAGCAGCACGAGGAAAUCAGCCUAUGUUUCCUACGCACCGUCGCGGUAGCCAACGCUUCACCCACGGACUUGUCUUCGGACCCCCGGGUGUUGCGGUUGCUGGACGAGUUCGCCGACAUCUUCGAGUCACCUACCGGUGUGGUGCCGGAUCGGCCUAUCUCUCACGAGAUCAUUCUUGAGGUCGGUGUCGUGCCGCCGAAAGGUUGCAUCUAUCGGAUGAGUGAGGAGGAGCUUGAGGUCCUCCGCGCACAACUCGACGAUUUGUUGGCCAAGGGCUGGAUCCGCCCUAGUAGCUCCCCAUAUGGAGCACCAGUUCUCUUCGUCCGGAAGAAGAASAAGGAUCUACGAUUGUGUAUCGACUACCACAAGCUCAACGUGCAAACCGUCAAGAAUGCGGGGCCUCUUCCUCGCAUCGACGAUCUUCUUGAGCGAUUGGGCGGCGCAAAGUAUUUUUCUAAGUUGGAUUUGAAAUCAGGAUAUCAUCAAAUCUCGAUCCGGCCGAAUGACCGCUACAAAUCCGCGUUCAAUACGCGGUACGGGCAUUUUGAGUGGGUGGUCAUGCCUUUUGGCCUCACCAACGCCCCGGCGACCUUUCAAGCGGCAAUGACCAAUGAGUUUUGUGCAAUGUUGGACCGGUUCAUGCUGGUCUACUUGGACGAUAUUCUAGUCUACAGCCGGUCAUUGGAGGAUCAUCUUGGGCAUCUUCGACGAGUGUUGGAGACGCUCCGCCGCGCCAAGUACAAGGCCAACCGCGACAAGUGCGAAUUUGUCCGACAAGAGUUGGAAUACUUGGGCCAUUUUGUCACACCGGAGGGCAUCAGAUUGCUAUCGGACAAGAUUCAAGCCAUCCAAGAGUGGCCGGAGCCUCGGAACGUCACGGAGGUCCGUUCAUUCCUUGGCCUCGCCGGCUACUACCAGCGUUUUAUCAAAGGCUACUCGAAGAUUGCGGCCCACUUGACCAAGCUUCAAUGCGAGGAUCCGUCGUUUGACUUCAGAUAGGAGGCGCGGGAAUCAUUCUUUGCUCUCAAAGCCGCGCUAUUAUCUGCGGAGGUCUUGCGGAUAUAAGACCCGCUUUUGCCUACGCGC